AUGAGCUCGGCGCGACAGCAGGAGGGAGGAAAGCUCUCGCGUGUCGAGUCUUACCAAUGGCCUUCCGGACAUGCCGGACAUCUCAGUGAAGGUCACCAAGAUCAACUCGCCAAGUUCAAGCAGCUGUGUGAGCAGAAGGGCUACUAUCACCCGGGACAUUCGUCAAAGAAUGUCCCGCCCUCCCACGACGACGAGACCCUACUGCGAUAUCUACGAGCGAGGAAAUUCAUUCCCAAGGAUGCAUUCGGGCAGUUCAAGGACACCGAGGAUUGGCGGCAAGAGAACCAGCUUGAUACCCUGUACGACACUAUGGAUGUCCAUGAGUAUGAGCAGACGAGGCGACUAUACCCACAAUGGACCGGCAGGCGGGACAAGCGCGGCAUACCCUUCUAUGUCUUCGAGGUGGCCAACCUGGACGCGAAAGUCGUGAAUGCAUACGCAAACGACUCCGAUCGGAAGAAGAAAGGCGGGCAGAAUGCCUCAGACUCGACCGUGGACGUCAAGUCGAAAGUGCCCAGGAAGAUGCUGCGACUGUUUGCCUUGUACGAGAAUCUUUGUCGAUUCGUGCUGCCACUUUGCUCUGCCGUACCGGAUCGACCCAACUCGGAAACGCCCGUCAGCCAAAGUAGCAAUGUUGUGGACUUGAAUAGAGUUGGUCUGGCACAGUUCUGGAAACUGAGGGCACAUUUACAAGAUUCGUCGGCAUUGGCUACAGCACAUUAUCCGGAAAUAUUAGAUCGCAUCUUCGUGGUUGGAGCUCCCGGGUUCUUCUCUACAAUCUGGGACUGGGCAAAGAACUGGUUUGAUCCUAUCACAGUGGCCAAGAUCUCAAUCCUCAGCAAAUCAAACACACUAUCCACCCUCGAAAAGUUCGUCGACAGAGCCAACAUCCCAAAGAAGUAUGGCGGUGAUCUCGACUGGUCUUUCGGAGAUUUGCCAAACCUCGACGACCCAGCACUAGAAGCGGCGUUGAAAUGGAAGCAGGACGUAAAGAACGAGAAGGGCCACAAGACAUUCCCGGCAGGCCCAAUGAAGUGGGAGUACACGGACGAGGGAGACCUCGUGGCCGUGGCCAUUGGAUCAGAGAAUGGUGCUCCGCGGAAACAAGAACUCGCCCAGCUGCAUCCCUCAGCUGGCGUGGCCAGGCUGGCAUUGUCUCCCGGAAGGAAUCCACACAGUGACCUGUUCAAAGCAGCAUCCGGACAAAAGCCUUUAACUGCCGUGCAAUCGCAAGGCCAACACCCCGAAGCCAAAGCCGACCAAGCAGUACCCGCAGCAGCAGUCAGUAUACCCGCAGCGAAAGCAGCAACAGUAAAACACACCACCAACGGCUCGAUCGACAAGAUGACGUCCAAUCGUCCCACAGACGCGGACCUGAACAUUGGCAAGAGCCCUGAUUCGGCCGUCGAGCCAUCCUCAAUAGCGGGCACAUACACAGUACCCUAUCGAGACCACGAAAACCAAGUUUCGCACCCUCCAGUCGACGCACGACAAGGCACGAGCAGCACCCGCUUCGAACAACAGAGCGGCACCCACGCUGAGGGUCAACUCGCACAUUCGACACCUCACAAACGCGAAGACGGCCUACAGGGUGAGCACGCCGUCAUGGAGCCACGGACUGUCGGUCAAGCACCUAAGGAGACACCCCUUGUGCGGGAAGAGGAGCCACAGCCUACGAUCGUUGAGCAAGCACAGGAGUAUGCGGGGCAGGCUGUUGAAGCGGCAAAGCAGGUUCCUGCUACAGUCCUGAGUGCGGUGGGCAUGGGUGAGAAAGCAGAGGAAGUCAAGCCCGCAGAGCCGGAGAAGAAGGACGACGAGAGAGUCGAUGCAUUGACGCAGGAACAGUUGGAGGAGUUUAUGAGGGAGCAGAGUAAAAGUUCGAUUGCUGAACGGGCGGUGAAGCAGAAUGCUGCCGCUGCUGCUUGA